UUUCCAUUCUAAGCGCGUUUAAAGCUAACUAAGUCACUGCUAGCACGUAGUUAGCAUGUUGUUGUUGGAAUAAAGUUAGAAUGUUGUUGAUCUAAAGACGACAACAUCUUCCAGGCUGGAGAGUUCAUUGUUUCAGCAGACUAAGUACUGGAACUCGACGAAGUUUUGGUGAGAGGGAAACGAGGAGCCGAGUCGGGCUCGGAAUGUUCCGACAUUUGGAUCUCCUGGCAGAUGUUCUUGCAGUUGUUCUCCUGGCAGAUGUUCUUGCAGUUGUUCUCCUGGCAGAUGUUCUUGCAGUUGUUCUCCUGGCAGAUGUUCUUGCAGUUGUUCUCCUGGCAGAUGUUCUUGCAGUUGUUCUCCUGGCAGAUGUUCUUGCAGUUGUUCCGACAUUUGGAUGUGCUCGCCCAGCUUCUUGCAGUUGUUCUCCUAGCAGAUGUUCCUCGGCAUGAAGAACAUUUGUCUGAUCUUGUUGCUGCUGCCCAUCUGUCUGUGUGACGCCCAGGAGGACCAACAACUACUUCUGCACUUUUACAAGAAGGGUCUGUUCAUCCUGGAGAGCAUCCUGCUAAAGCGCUGCGUGUCCGUGGAAGGUUCUAGUCUGGUGCUGAGGGACUGCCAGCGGCCCACGCGCCGCAUGCUGUGGAAGUGGGUCUCGCACCAUCGCCUCUUCAACUCGGGCACCGGCACGUGCUUGGGCCUCAACAUAUCGGACGGCGUGCAACCUCUGGCCAUGUUGGAGUGUGACACCACCCAACCUGUGCUGUGGUGGCGCUGUCGAGGACACAUGCUGUACGGAGCUUCUCGCUGGAAGGUGGCUGUGACUGGGAACGCUGUGGUGGCCAAGAGGAACUCUUAUCAUGAGUGGAAACGGUACAACACACCGAGGGAGGGGCCUUGCUCCAACCCCUAUGAAGAGAUCCACACUUUGUUAGGAAAUGCACAUGGCAUGCCGUGCGCCUUGCCCUUUAAGUACAACAACAAAUGGUACUCUGAGUGCACGACUGAAGGCCGCGAGGAUCAUCUCCCAUGGUGCUCCACCACCACUCGAUAUGAUGAGGCGGAAAUGUGGGGUUUCUGUCCGGUGCAUGAUUACAGCUGUGAGCAUUUCUGGGAGUCCAACCAGGAGCUGCGUGCUUGCUACCAGUUCAACUUGUACACCAUCCUCACCUGGAGUCAGGCGCUGCUCACCUGCCAGGCUCAGGGGGGGAAUCUGCUGAGCAUCACCAGCUUGGCAGAGCACAGCUACAUCCGAGACCGCAUGGAUACUGUUGGAGCGAUGGUGUGGAUAGGGCUAAACCACCUGAAAGACGGGUGGGGGUGGCAGUGGUCCGAUGGCGCACCUCUAUCAUUGGUCAACUUCACCACAGCGCUGCCGGCCAGCCCCCUGCAGGACGACAGACAGUGCGGCUGGUACAAUUCCGGCUCCGAUGGACUCUGGCAGAGUCAUUCCUGCGAGUCGGCCUUGCCUUACAUCUGCAAGAAGACGCCCAAUGACACACGCAGACCUGAGCCACUUGAGAACUGGCAGUAUGUCCGUACAGCGUGCGACCAAGACUGGCUGCCUCAUGGCGGCUUCUGCUACCACCUUCUGUCCCAGGCGGAUGCAGGAAGCUGGGAGGAGUCUUCUCAGGCGUGCAUCUCUCACGGCGCCACCCUCACCAGCCUGCGCUCUCUGUCCGAGGUGGAGAUGCUGCUCCGCCUUCUGGCUAACGUUUCUGCGGACAGUUCGGGCGCGUGGAUCGGUCUUCGAAAACCGGCGUCAUCGGCGAGCGUGGAGUGGUCUGACGGCUCGCCGGUGUCUCUCACAAUGUGGCACCAGUAUCACCCUCCUCGCAGCCUGGCUGGUGCAACCCUGUGUGCCAAGGCAGACUCAAAGGAAGGUGCCUGGCUGUUGGUGUCAUGUGACGAGCGACUUCCUGCUGUGUGUAGAAAAGAAAGUUCAUCAGUUCAUCAACCUGGAACCUGGGAUGAAGGCUGCCCUGAGGGCUGGAAGCGUCACGGCCGCUCCUGCUACACCUUCACCAGCCACGAGCAGACCUACGAGGAGGCACGCGGAGGCUACUACUGCAACGCUCCCCUGCUCACCGUAGAGAACAGGUUCCAGCAGGCGUUCAUCGACAGUUUGCUGAGUGCUGGCGGGGCCAACAGCAGCAUGCACUACUGGAUGGGCCUGAGGGACGUGGACCAGCAGUACUCAUGGCUUCAUCACAACGGAUCCACCCUGCCGCUCACCUUCACCAACUGGAACAAACAUCAGCCAGUCAGCGCCAGCGGCUGCGUGGCGAUGUCCGCCGGGCGUGCUCUGGGCCGCUGGGAGGUCAAAGACUGCCAUUCCUUCAAGGCCUUCUCGCUCUGCCAGCUGAGCAUCAGCAGCGACCAGGAAGUGCAGCUGCCAGAAGCUCACCUGGACGCCUUCAGCACCUGUCCUCCAGGUUGGGAAUCGCAGGCCGGACUCCUCUACUGUUUUAAGGUGUUCCACGAUGAAAAAGUGCUGAUGAAACGCUCGUGGGUGGAGGCCGAUUUCUUUUGCCAGGCCCUGGGCAGCCAGCUGGUCACUUUCCAUGGCUAUGAGGAGCAGGUGUUUGUCCAGCAACUCCUCAGUCACAUGUUCCAAGGAACAGAGGCUCGCUGGUUUUGGGUGGGCCUGAACAAGAGAGACCCUGAACAUCCUGGAGAGUGGGAGUGGUCCGAUGGCUCACCUGUGCGGACGUCCUUCCUGGAGGACAUCAGUGAGGGGGAAGACUGUGCUGUGUUCAGUCACCUGAGCGACCGUGUCCUCCCACAGCGGUGUGACGGCCAACACGAGUGGGUGUGUCAGCUGCCCAGAGGGGGCCAACUGAAGACUCCCUACUGGUACACGGAGCAGGGCGAUCCCUGGGUCUUCUACCGCGGCGCCGAGUACCUGGUGGCCAAGCAGACUCUGGGCUGGCACGCCGUCUCCCUGGCCUGUCAGAUGAUGGGCGCCCACCUGCUGUCAGUGCACUCCCGGGAGGAGCUGCACUUUGUCAAGGAGCGCUUGAGGCGGCUCUCAGCGGGCCCCACUGACUGGUGGAUCGGACUUUCCAAAGACCAGCACGGAGAGGAGGUCAGGUGGAGCGACAAGACGGAGGUGGACUUGCACAACUGGGCAGAGGAGCGUGACGCCCACGGUGUUCAUACAGCUGACUUCUGUGUCACCAUGUCCUCAUCAACUGGGAAGUGGAGGAGCAACAAGUGCAGUGAGGACCAUGGCUACGUCUGCAAGAGGAGGACGGUCUCUGUGGUGGAGACGCCCAGGGAGCCCCGCUACAUUGGAGGGUGUCCUGAGAAAUGGCUCUACUUUGGACACAAGUGUCUCCUGCUCCACCUGCCUGACAGUCCAAAAGAGGGUAAAAGUUGGAAGGACGCCCAGUCCAUCUGCUCCUCCUUCCAAGGCUCCCUGGUGGCCAUCGAUGAUGAGAUUGAACAAGCCUACAUCACCAUGUUGCUGCAGGGAAGCUCAGUGGGCGUGUGGAUCGGUCUGUGGAACCAGGAUCCCGGGAAGUGGACCACCGGGAGACCUGUAGGCUACACCAACUGGUCUCCUGUGGAACCCAAGAGCGGCCUCAAUGACGAGGAUCUGCUCGCUGAUGAAGCCACCACGUGUACUGUCCUGUCCAACAACCACAACUUCCACCUGACGGGCAAGUGGUACGACGAGAGCUGCACCCAGGAUGUCUACGGCUUUGUUUGCCAAAAACCUCAAGAUCCAUCCAAAGCUCCCCCCCGCUCCUCUCGCCACCCUCUGCCUGACAACUUGGAGUACAGGAGUCGCGGCUACAAGGUGGUGUCUGGCAACAUGAGUUGGUACGACGCCAUGCACAUGUGCAUCGACCACCAUUCCGACCUGGUGAGCGUCACGGAUGCGUACCACCAGGCGUUCCUCACCGUCCUGGUCAACAGGCUGGCUGUCCCGCACUGGAUCGGACUUUACAGUCAAGACAGCGGUAUCAACUAUCAGUGGUCCGACGGCAGCGAUACGGUGUACACACACUGGGACUCGGCUGAAGACGACUCGGUGACAGGAGAGUGCGUGUACAUGGACGUGAGCGGAGGAUGGCGGCGAGCCGACUGUGAAAGUGCGCUGCCGGGGGCCGUGUGCCACGUUCCUCCACCAAAGAACAAAGCCUACGUCUCCAACGAGGCCGUGUGCCCGUCCACUUGGGUGAAGUUCAGACACGGUUGUUACAACUUCGAGUCUGCGCUGCAGAGACUGACUUUUGAGGAGGCGCGACAGCACUGCAGACACAAAGUCAACAUCUCAGACGUGCUGUCCAUCGAGAGCGAAGUGGAGAACCGCUUUGUUCUGGAGCAACUUUGGUCUUCAGGGUUCCUUCACCAGAGCAUGUGGUUGGGUCUUCACUUCAACAUGGACACAGACUCCAUGGCCUGGGUGGACGGCACACCUCUGGACUUCACCAGCUGGGCCAGCAGAGCUCCGGACUCCAGGCUGCUGACGGCCGACACCUGUGUCAGCACCCGGGCUGUGGACGGAGUGUGGCGCUUGUCUGGAUGCAGCGAGCGCCUCGGCUUCGUCUGCAAAACUACCUCAGAUGGAACCUCUGAGGUGGAGGUGGAACCUUUCAAUGGACUGCAUCACGGCGUCAUCCUCGCUGCUGUGCUGGUGGCGGUGCUGAUCUUCGCUGUGCUGGCGGGGGCCGCCUGGAUGGCCUACAGGAGAAACGGCGCACAUUUCCGGGGCCUCCCUGCGCUGAGCAGCGCGUACUACAGACAAGGCGGACCCCAGGCCGCAGAGUCGGACGGUAAUGUGCUGAUCACGGAGCUGGAAGAUCACGCGGGAUAGUUCGGCGCCAUCACAAAAGGUACCGCCCUGCUGCCGAAACCCGGGAUCGAACCAGGGACCUUUAGAUCUUCAGUCUAACGCUCUCCCAACUGAGCUAUUUCGGCACACUUGAUGGUACAAAAAUGUGAGGGAGGAGUCACACUUGAUGACAAAGAUGUGGGGGAGGAGUCACACUUGAUGACAAAGAUGUGGGGGAGGAGUCACACUUGAUGACAAAGAUGUGAGGGAGGAGUCAC